AUGGAUAACCCAAACGCAAGAAAACUAUCGCACACUCAGAUAAACAUCAUUUCCACCUUCCUAUCGGGUCUGGCGACAUUCAUCGCGUUUUAUCCACUUGAAGUCGUCGAAUUGCGACUGCAAGUCCAGAAGCGAGUUUAUAAGGGGUUGAUCGAUGCCCUCAGAAGGAUUCGAAAGGAGGAAGGCCUGCGUGCGCUGUACAGGGGGUUUCCACCUGCAUUGAUACAGGCGACGCUUGGAUGGGCAUGUUAUUAUUGUGCAUUUGAUUUCGCACGACAUGUCAUUUACACCGAGUUCCUAUCAUCGGCCGCUGAUCGUUCUGGCCAACAUCACAUCUCGCACCACUUGAAAGAGAUUACCGACGGCGUCCCUGUCCAACAAGUUGUUCAAGAAGUGGCACACGACUCUCUUCCCCCUGAAUGUCGGCCAGAGGAGAUCCCACCCGCGGCCAACCUUGCUGGGGCAGCCAUAUCUGGAGCGCUCUGUACAUUGGUAUUUAAUCCGCUUCAAGUGCUUAAACUUCGAAUGGUCACUGCACCACCGGGCAAGAACCCAUCCAUGCUCGACACAUUCAGAUCCAUUGUACAUCAUCCAUCAUCAAGAAUGACCCGCCUCCCAUCUAGAGUCAAGACGCUCUGGAAAGGGACACUUCCCGCUCUGUUUGGCGUCUCAGAAGGCUGCAUCCAAUUUACAGUCUACGAACGGCUCAAAGCUUCCUUGCCACCACAUCCAACCUCCCUGGUCCUGGCCUCGACGACUGCUCGUUUUGUAUCAGGGGUGACAACGUACCCCUACCAGGUUCUUCGAUCGCGUUUACAGAAUUCGGAUGAGUACCGAGGAGUCCUAGAUGCAUGCAAGAGAAUCGGGAGGGAAGAGGGGUUGGCCGCAUUUUGGAGGGGCGUUGGACCGAAUUUGGUGCGGACGGUUCCACCUGCUGGGUUCUUGUUGACGAUGAAUGAUGUUUUGAGGGAGGCUCUUCAUAGGCGAUUUGGGACGGGAAGGGGAGAUAGAAUCGGGUGAUAUGAC